UAUGAAGUGAUCAAGUCCAACAUGAACUCACGUCCAACCAAUCACCAUUACAAAUCAUCAUUCCUCUCCAAGUCCAAAUUUAAUUUAAAUUCCUCCUGAUAUAUCGCCAACCUGUAAACUGGUCGCCGGCCACCGCACUCCUCCGUCGGCCGCCUCAAGAUCAUCAUGAUGGAUCAAUCAUUGAAAGCUGGAACCCCUCUUGCCCUUUGCACUUUAUUGCUUAUAUCAUUAACUUUUAUUUAUCUUCUAUCAGGAGAAAACCCUUCGGUUUCAAUAACCUCCAUGACCCGCAAGCUUCAUCAUUCGAAACAUUCGUUAGCCAUCCAUGAGACUUCAAUGUAUAGAGAUGAGUUGGAAACAGCCUUGGAGGGAGCUUCGAUGGCCAACAAAACGGUGAUCAUCACCAUUGUGAACCGAGCUUACACCGAGGGGGACAAACCAAUGCUUGAUAUAUUCUUAGAUGGGUUUUGGCUAGGAGAAAAUACAAGGCAAUUGACCAACCAUCUUUUGAUCGUGGCAGUUGACCAAACCGCAUUCGAACGGUGUAGGUUUCUUAGAUUACAUUGUUACAAGCUGAAAACCAAUAGCGAGGACUUUGUCGAUGAAAAGACUUACAUGUCCGAGGAUUUCAUAAAGAUGAUGUGGCAAAGAACACGUUUUCUUGGAGAUGUUCUUCGGCGUGGAUACAACUUUGUUUUUACGGACACCGAUGUUUUGUGGCUAAGGAAUCCAUUUUCAGGGCUAACCCUAAAUGAAACUGUUGAUCUUCAAAUAAGUGUGGAUAAGUUUAAUGGCAAUCAGUGGUCACAAACAAAUCCGAUAAACACCGGUUUCUACAUGAUCAAAUCUAACAACAAAACAAUCGCAUUGUUUGAUGAAUGGUAUGGGGAAAGAAACAACUCAACUGGAAAGAAAGAACAAGAUGUUCUUGUUGACCUAAUGCAAAAAGGUGCUUUUGAAAGGUUGAGGCUUAGGGUUAGGUUUUUGGACACUAUUUAUUUCAGUGGAUUUUGUCAAGAUAGUAGAGAUGCUAACAUUGUUUCAACUGUACAUGCAAAUUGUUGUCGAAGUAUUAGAGCGAAAGUCACUGAUUUGGUCACGGUUAUUCAUGAUUGGAAGAGAUUUAAAGAUCCAUCUCGCAAUAAGACAAUCGAAUAUCGAUGGUCGAAUCACUUAGCAUGCCAAAAGUCAUGGAUUCCGUGAGUUAGUUCAUGUAUUCGCCAAAUGGAUUGCAUAAGAACUCUUUGAAAUUUGAGUGUUUCUUUUAUCUUAUUCUUUGUUGUUAUUCAACUCAAGCUGCAAUAUGAAAUGAGAUAAAUAUUAUUGUUUAAAUGUAAUGUAUGCGACGAGUGAUAAAAAAAGUUCUUAUCAUCUCUCUUUA